UCUCUCUCUCUCUCUCUUCCCCACACCACCACCAAUUAAUACUCCAAACUCAUAACACACAUUUACUACGGUCAAACUCGUGAAACAAACAAAGUUCCCAGCUUUUGAACAAUUCCAAUCCCAAAUCCAUUGAAUUCGAGUGUUUAUUUAUGCGCGGUGUUUGAAUGGCCCUAGUCGUUGGACAACAGCAUCAACAACAACAGGGAACACAACAACAACAACACAAGCAUCACUGCCGGAUUUGCAAGAAAGGGUUCGGGUGCGGCCGGGCGUUGGGAGGUCACAUGAGGGCGCAUGGGAUUAGCGACGACAGUGCGCUCGUGGACGAGGACGAGGAUGACAACACGAGCGAUUGGGAAGGGGGAGACGUUGUCCCGAGCGAGAACAAACGCAUGUAUGCGCUUCGGACAAACCCUAAUAGGCUCAAGAGUUGCCGCGUCUGUGAAAACUGCGGCAAAGAGUUCUCCUCGUGGAAGUCUUUUCUUGAACACGGAAAAUGCGCAUCAGAUGAUGCCGAAUCAUUGGUUUCGUCUCCUGCGUCUUACGAUAUUGAAGAUGGCCUCCCUACGAGAGGGUACGGACACAAUUGGUCUAAAAGGAAACGAUCUUUUAGGGCUAAAGUUGGCAACGUUUUCAGUACGAAUUGCCCUUCAACCGAGGAGGAAUACCUCGCACAUUGUCUCAUGAUGCUAUCUAACGGUACGGUUGAUCCGUUUGUUCUUCCCGAGCCCGAAGAAUCUUGUGCCUCCGCUAGCAGAGACGAAGAUAGAAGGCAAUCUUUGAAUUACAUGGCUUCUAUUAAUAAUCCGUACAGCCAUAGUUACAAGACGCCGACUCUUUCAGAGAAGCCGAGAGUAGUUGCUUCGAAGGGGAUAUUCGAGUGCAAGGCUUGCAAGAAAGUGUUUAAUUCCCAUCAAGCACUCGGUGGGCACAGAGCAAGUCACAAAAAGGUUAAAGGUUGCUUCGCGGCUAAGACAGAUCACACCGAUGUCGUUAUAGGGGACAGGGAUCACGGUAUUAUGAGCGCACAAAACGAGUUUUUUCAAAUGAAAUCGCAUUCGACGUUUCGGUCUGACCACGAAGGAGGAUCUUCUUCGUCCAAGAAGAAGGGAAAAGUGCAUGAGUGCUCUAUAUGUCACCGCGUGUUUUCCUCAGGACAAGCGCUCGGGGGACACAAAAGGUGUCACUGGAUCACAUCGAACAAUUCAUCGGAUCACGCGGCAUCCGCUUCGUUCGCCAAGUUCGACCUCAACUUUCCAGCUCCUCCAGACGACAAGUCGGAUUUAAAAAACCGAGUUUCGCGAGAUAUCCUCCUGUUACCUUGGCUAGGAGUUGACGGUAACCGAAACGAAGGAGACAAUAUUAUGGAGGAUACAUCGAAGAUCAUGUCAGACGAUGAAACAGAUGUAAAGGCAAAGUUUGCAAAGCUAAGCGAACUCAAAGACGUGAGUACAAGUGAAAGUUCGUCUCAGUGGUUGCAGGUAGGCAUUGGGUCCACAUCAAACCAAAUUGCUGGUGAUUCUUAAUUAAAGUGUGCAACUCUUCUUAAUUAAUUAUGUACCUUUUUUUUCUCUAAUGUUUUUGUUUUCUCCUUUGAUUCUGUACCAUUUUGUGUG